AUGUCAACUAAUAAUAAUAGUGGUACAACAACCAAACCUAAUAAUAAUACCACUACUAAUAGCACCAAUAAUAGUAAUAAUAAUAACAAUAAAGAUAAUAAUAAUAAUAAUAAUAACAAUAAUGGUAAUAAUAACAGCAAUACCAAUAAUGAAGAUGCAGCAAAUUUAAAUGUUCCAAAAAAAUUAACAUUAAAAACAUCAAUGAAUGAAAUUAAACUUUCAACAGUUGAUAGAGUUGUACCAAGUGUAAAGUAUCCAAAAUCGCAACCACUUGCACAUGAUGUUUUAUUUAAUGGUGAUGGUACAAUUAAUUUACCAAAAUUACAAGAACACUUUUUUGGUGAAGGUAGAUUACAUCACGAAGAUGUUAUUGAAAUGGUUAAAAUGACUGCAGAAAUUUUAGAAAGAGAACCAACUUUACUCCAAGUAGAAUCACCAAUUACAGUUUGUGGUGAUGUACAUGGUCAAUUUUACGAUUUAAUUAAAAUUUUCGAAAAUGAUAUUGGUGGUAAUCCAGCAAAUACCAAUUAUUUAUUUUUGGGAGAUUAUGUCGAUAGAGGUUAUUUUUCAAUGGAAGUUAUUCUUUAUCUUUAUGCAUGCAAAAUCAAUUAUCCAAAUUCAUUCUUUUUAUUAAGAGGAAAUCAUGAAUGUAGACAUUUAACUGAAUAUUUUACUUUUAAAGAAGAAUGUUUACAUAAAUAUUCAGAAGAAAUUUAUGACUUUAUUACAGAAUCAUUUAAUGCAUUACCACUUGCUGCUUUAAUGAAUGGUAAAUUCCUUUGUAUUCAUGGAGGUUUAUCACCAGAUGUUAAAACUUUGGAUGAUAUUGCAAAUAUUGAUAGAUUUAAAGAACCACCUUCAUCAGGUCCAAUGUGUGAUUUAUUAUGGUCAGAUCCAAUGGAAGAAUUUUCACCAGAUAUCAGAGAGCAUUUUAUACCAAAUGAUGUCAGAGGAUGUUCAUAUUUAUAUAGUUAUAGAGCAGUUUGUUCAUUCCUUCAAAAGAAUAAAUUAUUAUCAGUUAUUAGAGCUCAUGAAGCACAAAAUGCAGGUUAUAAAAUGCAUUUACAAAAUGACGCAACUGGUUUCCCAUCAGUUAUUACAUUAUUCUCAGCACCAAACUAUUUAGACGCUUAUAAUAAUAAAGGUGCAGUAUUAAGAUACGAAAACAAUGUUAUGAACAUUCGUCAAUUUACCUGCUCACCACAUCCAUAUUGGUUACCAAAUUUCAUGGAUGUUUUUACUUGGUCCAUGCCAUUUGUUUCAGAAAAAGUCGCUGAAAUGCUUCUUGUACUUUUAAAUCUCUGUAAUGAUGAGGAAGCAGAGAAAUUAGAAAAUUCAGUCAAAGACAAUACUGCCGAGGAAGAAAAGAGAAGACAAAUGCUUCGUGCCAAAGUUAAGUCUGUCAGUAAGAUGAUGAGAAUGUUCUCAUUACUUCGUCAAGAAAGAGAGACUAUCAUGAUGAUUAAAUCAUUCUCACCAUCUAGAAAAAUUCCACAAGGUUUACUCACCGAAGGUAAAGAUGCUCUUAAAAAAGCAUUGGGUGAUUUUGCUCAAGCUCGUAAAUUAGAUUUAAUCAACGAAAAACGUCCCCCAAUGCUUGAUAGAAUAAAUAGCCGUGGUGAACUUUUAAGAAUGAAUAGCCGUGGUGAGCUUUUUAGAAUCAAUUCAAAGGGUGACCUUUUCCGUAGUAACUCUUUUGCUGAUUUAAAACCUCUUACUGGUCCACAAGAAACCAUCAAAAUCACAGAAUGUAGUGAACAAAAUAUUACAUCAAAUAAUUAUCAACCAUCUGUAAAUGAAUCUUUAACAGCCACCUCACCAACAACAACAACAACCACUACAACUACUGCACCCACCAAAUAG